AUGCCUGAUUUACCUAAUGAUAUGAGUGACAACAGCUUAUCUGAAGAAGCUCCCAAAACAGAUCAAAGUUGUGCAAAUGAUCAUACAGAAAAUGAUGAUACUAAACAAGAGAACAAUCAAGAAGCAAUAGAUGGUUUCACAAAUCAAAACAAUGCAAAGAAACCAACAUCAUCACCAAGGCCACAAAAAUUAGAAUCAUUAAUGAGAAAUUUCUCUGAAUUUUCCACAACUCCAAGACCAAGUCCAAGAAUGAUUUCAAGGAGUGGACCGAAUUCACGUAGCGGUAGUCUAGAAAGCACAAGUGCACCAAUAUUUAAGCCUCAUACAGGAGAUGAUGUGAGAUGGGAUGCAAUCAACAUGGUUUCAAGAGGUUCAAGUUCAAAUCUUAACUUUGGUCAUUUUCGGCUUGUGAAGCGUGUUGGUUACGGUGACAUUGGAAGUGUGUAUCUUGUUGAACUUAAAGGGACAGGAACAUUCUAUGCUAUGAAAUUAAUGGAUAAGGCUUCACUUGCUAGCAGAAAUAAGCUUCUUAGAGCACAUACUGAAAGGGAGAUUCUUGGACUUCUUGAUCACCCUUUCUUGCCAACUUUGUAUUCCUAUUUUGAAAAUGAGAAGUAUUAUUGUUUGGUCAUGGAGUUUUGUAGUUGUGGUAGUUUGCAUAACCUCCGAAUGAAGCAACCCAACAAGCAUUUCACUGAAAAUGCUGCAAGGUUUUAUUGUUCAGAGAUUCUAUUAGCAAUGGAAUACCUCCACAUGUUAGGAAUAGUAUACAGAGACUUAAAACCAGAAAAUGUCCUAGUCCGAGACAAUGGCCACAUAAUGCUAUCAGAUUUCGACUUAUCCCUCCGUUGUUCCGUUAGCCCCACCCUCGUCAAAUCCUCCUCUGCACACAUAACAACCACCACCACCACCACAUCCAUUGCAAUCCUGGACGACGAACAUGCAGUACAGGGCUGCAUGCAACCAUCAAAUUUCUUCUUCCCAAGAAUCCUCCCAUACAAAAGAAACCGAAAAUCAAAAUCAGAUUUCGGUCUCAUGGUAGGUGGCCGUCUUCCAGAAUUAAUGGCAGAACCAACUAAUGUCCGAUCAAUGUCAUUCGUUGGAACACAUGAGUAUCUUGCUCCAGAAAUCGUGCGUGGUGAAGGACACGGUAGUGCUGUUGAUUGGUGGACUUUUGGCAUAUUUUUAUACGAGCUUUUAUACGGAACAACACCGUUUAAAGGUAAUGGAAACCGAGCAACGCUUUUUAAUGUUGUAGGGCAGCCUUUAAGGUUUCCUGACCAUCCUUCCGCUAGUCCGGUAGCGAGGGAUCUUAUUAGAGGGUUGUUGGUUAAAGAGCCUCAUAAGAGAAUUGCUUAUAAAAGAGGUGCUACUGAGAUUAAACAACAUCCAUUUUUCGAAGGUGUUAAUUGGGCUUUGAUUCGAAGUUCUACUCCUCCGAUUAUACCUGAAACGUUCGAUUUUAGUCAGUAUGUUAGUAAGGAAACUGUUGUGGCUGCUGCUGAUAAUAAGAAGAUUGUUGAUAUUGUUAGUGAUAAAAAUAGUAAGAUGCAGCAUGAUUCUUCUUAUGAAGAUUUUGAGUAUUUUUAG